GAAGCAAUGUUUGACAAGCGAAGCGAAAAGGCCAAGCAAUUUCUUGAACGUCUCUACCAUGAAUAUUAUUCAACACGAAUUUAAGUUUACGGAUACAUUUGUUUAUCCUGUGACUAAGAAGAUGACGUGAGUGCAAGCUGAACCAAAAGUUAACUGAAAACUCGGGACUUCCCCGAGCGAGCGUUAUCGACUUCUCAGCAACCAUGUUCGCUAAGCGGGCAACGACGGCGAAAGAGACGCGGGCGAAAUUUCCCAACAAGCGGGGGAAAGAGCACCGGUACAGCAAAGUGUUGGCCGAGAGGAACCAGGCGGUGGUGGCCGUGGGAGCCUGGGUGGAGGACGGACAAGAAUUCGAGGAGGAUCCGUGUGACGUGGCUUCUUUCACGGAUGAGCUUCAAGCAGAGAAGCAACGAGAGAAUGAAGAGAGCCUGCGAAGAUUCCAAGCGCAAGUGCGGCAUCGUGUGGCUGUCAUCAGCAAGAGGAGGCUUCAGGAAGCUCCUUCAGUGCUGAACGUUGACAGAAGAAUCCCAAAACAGCACCAACGUGUGCCAGGGAAGGCUAACGUUAAUGAGCUCCAUGACAGCACCAGGCAGGUCCGACUCAAACUGGCGGCGUGCCAGACCAGCCGGUCCGUCGACGAGAUGUCAGAGACUUCCACAGACAACUGGAAGAUAUCGCUCACCAGACAUGAGACUGAAUGUGAUGUCCUAAGGGAGGAAGAGGAUGAUGACGACGAUGAAGAUGAAGAUGAAGAAGUAGAAGAAGAUGAACACAGAUACCACCUGACGAGUGCUCACCAGUGGGGAGUAGACGUUUCCAGGUCUGAUCUGAGAAUCCCGAAAGUCCUUUGGCCUAUACAGGACCAAGAGGAGUUGAAAAGACAGCGCCAGUUGCAGUUCCUGAUGCACCGCCGCCACUUCAUGAGCUUGGAGCGGCAGCGCGUGAAAGAGAACAACCAGCACAGGAAGCAUCUGAAGAAGACAGCGAGAAUUGUUCACUCUGCCAAGCUGCUGCUGCUGCCACUUACUAGAAUGUGCAGGAUCAAAGCAGACAAGGAAAAGGCUCGCCUGGAGGAGGAGCGGCAGCUGGAGCGAGCACGGCAGCUCACGCACGUCCGGCAGCGGCUGGAGGAGCGGGAGACGCUCGUCCUGGAGCGCCUCAAGCUGGAGGAGGAGGAGAAAGCGGCCGAGCUGGAGAGGAGGCGGCGCGAAACCGAAAAGGGGAUCGUGGCGACCAGGUACAUAGAUGCUCUGAGAUCCCAGGUGAGGGACCGAAUGGCCAACAAGAAGUUGGACCUCCCACCCAUGUGCUGCUGCGCGUCGUCCUUCUGGGAGUCACACCCCGACACUUGCGCCAACAACUGCGUCUUCCACAACAAUCCGAAAGAGUACGCGCAGGCGCUACAUGCAGCCGUGUUAAGUUUGGAUUUAAAGUAAAGGAUGUUGAGGAGAUGCUGACCAACGGUCAAGUGCAUAUCAAAUAUAUUUAAACCACGGGUGGGGGAAACCUUUUGGCUCAAUGGCCACAUGUGAGUUUGGUACAGGUUAUUCCAGGAAUAGAUUCUUCUUUUUAAGUAUAAAGAAAAUAUUUAAAAAUAAUUUUCAUUUAAACUUCAAGUCAAGAAUUUUAGAGGCGAAAGCACUAAGAAUAAUGCAACGAAUAAUUACUAGAAUCCUGAUAAUGUAGAUCAAGGAUCGCCAGCGUUUUUAUUUCAAUUACAAAUUUUCUCAAAUGACCUUAUGUUAUUGCUUAUUAAUAUCUAUGUCAAAACCCUGAUCAUGUUAACGAUUUAUCACAAAGUUUCUUUCGGCUUGUCCCGUUAGGUGUCGCCACAGCUCAUAUUUGUUUGGCACAGUUAACAAUUUAACAAAGUAGAAAAAUAGUAUGCAACAUUUUAGGAAUACUUCUACAGUAGUACAGUAGUAAACUUGCUGAACAGCAUAAUACUUCAAUGAUUUAGUGAGGACCCAGUACCCAUGAAAUUGUUAUGUUUAUAUAGUGGCCUGCUGGUCAUCUUUUCUUUUUUUUUUUUUAUGUUCAUCCAAUCUUUCUGUGUGUAUUUAUAAAAUCAUGUUUUUACAUUCUUAUUAAAACAAAUGGAUUCUC